CGGCGGCCGAAACGCCUGGGUUCCGCAGCCGCAGGGCUGCGCCUGGACACCGAUAUCUCCUCAGAGCUCCAUGGGCUCCGCCAGCGCGUCGCCUUCCUGGACAAGGAGCUCAGCAAAGCCCAGAAGGCUCUCAGCAAAAGCAAGAAAGCGCAGGAGGUAGAGGCACUGCUGAGCGAGACAGAGAUGCUUCAGGGGAAGCUGCACAGCCAGGAGGAUGACUUCCGGCUGCAGAGUAGCACCUUGCUGGCUGAGCUCUCCAAGCUGUGCAGCCAGAUUGAGGGGUUGGAACAGGAGAAUGCACGGCUGCGGGAGGGGGCCCCAGCACCCCCUCCAGCCCCCCCUGGCCCUGAGCUGCUGCGGCUGCAGGCAGAGAACACAGCACUGCGCCAUGUGGCAGCCUUGCAGGAUGCAGGGAGCUGGGGCACCGGGGGUUGUGGCGAUGGCCCCCCUGGGGCAGGGGAGGGGCCAGGGGACCCCUCCCAGGGCCCCCCUCCACCUGGACUGGCUGAACUAGAGCUGAGCUGGGAGACGGAGAAGGAAGAAAAGCGGCUGCUGCAGGAGCAGCUCCAGUGCACCCAGGAAUCCCACCAGGCAGAGGUGUCCCGGCUUCAAGAGGAGGUGAACAAGGUCACAGAGAAGCUGAAGAAAAAACAGGAGAGUUUCUUGCGGCUUCAGGCAGAGAAGGAGGCUCUGUACAAUGACAGCAGGAUGAAGCUAGCAGAGCUAGGACAGCGCCAGGAUGAGGAACUGCGGGGCCUGCAGCUGCGCAACCAGCGGCUGCAGCAGGAGCUGGAGGCAGCCACGCAGAGCUGCACUGAGGCCCAGGAGCAGAUACAGAUGCGGAGCCAGGAGCAUGAGGUGGCAAUGCAGGCCCUGCAGGAGCAGGCGGCCUCCCAAAGUGCUGAGACCCAGGAGCAGGUGGAGACAAUCCUGACGGAGAAUGAGGCCCUGCGCACCAGCCUGGCUGCCCUGGAGCAGAUCCAGUCCUCGCGGACGCAGGAGCUGAACCUACUGCGGGAGCAAGCGUUGGCACUGGGGCAAGAGCUGCAGCAGCGUCAGGGCCAGCAGGAGACGCUCAGCAUCCAAUGCGACGAUCUCGCCUCCCAGCUCCAGGAGUCUGUCAAGGCUAACGAGCAGCUGCUGGAGCAGCUGCAGGAGCUGGGACAGGAGAAGCAGCGCCUCCUGCUGGAGCUGGAUGAGACUCGAAAGACUGCUGAGAAGCGCAAGGGGCUGCUGGAUGAGCUGGCAAUUGAGGGGCAGCGGGAACGUGGUCGGCACCAGGAGGCACUGGAGGGGCUGCGGUUGCAGCAGGAGAAGGCAGUGCUGGGCCUACGGGCGCGCUACGAGCGGGAGCUGCGGGAGCUCCAUGAGGAGAAGAAGCGGCAUGAAGAUGAACUGCGUGGGCAGCUGCGUGACGAAAAGGCCCGGAGCCGGGAGCUAGAGACAGUUCAGCAGACAGCUGAGGAGCUGCGACUUCAAAUCCAGGCCAUGGAUGGCACCAAGGGCUGGUUUGAGCGGCGCCUGAAGGAGGCUGAGGAGCUCAUGGAGAAGCAGCAGGCAGAGCACAAGGAGGCACUGAGGCUGUGCAAGGAGCAGCAUGUGGCUGAGCUGGAGCAGAAAGAUAAGGCCAUGGAGGCCACACGGGCAGAGCUGAGGGAGGCUGAGCGAGCCCAGGAGGAGCAGGACCAGGUCAUCCAGCAUCUCAAGCAGGAAGUGAAGGACGUGAUGGAUGGGCAGCGCAUCCUGGAAAAGAAGGGCAGUGCUGCGCUGAAGGAUCUGAAGAGGCAGCUGCAGCUGGAGCGGAAGCGAGCAGACAAGCUUCAGGAGAGGCUGCAGGAUGUCCUGACCAAUAGCAAAGCCCGCCCCGGGUUGGAGGAGAUAGUCCUGGCUGAGAUGAGCUCCCCAAGCCGGACAACCAUGGGUGACAGCAGUAGCAUCUCGUCCUUCAGCUACCGUGACAUCAUGAAGGAGGGGUCAGGGCCUGGCAGCACCAAGUCGAACACUGGGAGCCCUCAGUCACAAGCUCCUCGGGCAGCUGAGUUGUCAGAGGAUGAGGCAGCAGAGCUGUUCCAGCGCUUGGCGGAGACACAACAACAGAAGUGGCUGCUGGAGGAAAAGGUGAAGCACCUGGAGGUGAGCAGUGCCUCCAUGGCUGAGGAUCUGUGCCGCAAAAGCACCAUCAUCGAGACCUAUGUAAUGGACAGCCGCAUUGAUGUGUCGCGGGCCCCAGAUGGGGCAGGGCCAGAGCGCAGGCUGGGCGCAGCGCUGCGGGAGCUAGUGCGCCCAGGGGCUGAUGAAAACCUGCGCGAGAUGAACAAGAAGCUGCAGAACCUGCUGGAGGAGCAGCUUACCAAGAACUUGCACCUCAGUCAGGACCUGGAAGUGCUCUCCCAGGAGCUCGUCCGGCUCAGCAAAGGGCCCUCCCCCAGCCCAGACCCCCCAGAAUGAUCUCCCCAACCACAAGGGGUAGGGGCAGGGCCUGUGCCUGGGGUAGAGCCUAUCAGGGGGCAGAGCCUGCCUGCCUUGCACUUCUCACCACCUCCCUUUUUUGGUAUUCCCCCCCCCCCCAAUGCUCUGCCCCCUUUCCAGGAAUGUAUAUAUUUGCAUAUCAGUAUUGGGGGGAGGUUUUACCCCUUCAUGUCCUGGGUGGCCCCUUCCCCUCUCAUUAGCAUGACUCUGCCCCUUCACUGCUUCUGUACAAAUGGCCUGGGUUAUAAUAUGGUAAUUAUGUAAUGAGCUCCCUGACCCACCUUCUGUGUUUUACCUCAGAGAAGUUCUCACCCCAGCAGAUGUAUCUGUAUCUGGGGGGUGUUUCUCAGCCCAGGGGAGGGAAUUCUCUUGAUUACUGCACUUUCUCUGCCCCUCCCCCACCCUCCAAAGAUGGGGGUCUUGACUGGGGGGAGGGGCCUGGCCCCAAUUUCUUCUGUCUCUUGUGUCUUGAUAAAGCUUCACAGCCUGAAACUGC